GAUCUGAUUGGCGGAAGCCGUCCAAAGCCGUGUUGUCCAUUGUUGUUUGUGCGCAGAUGUUUCACCGCAGACGCGAGCAGAGCCUGUGGUGCUUUUCAGAUUGUUGUCUCACAACUUUGUUGUGAAGGAUAACUAGAUUUCGAGUUACCAGUCCGACCUCUGUAGUCUGUAUGCGGGUUUCACUGUCCGGGGGCACCCCAACACGUUUCAUCCAAUGGAGCUGGAGGGCCAGUGGUGGAAAGAACAACUUGCUGGAGAUAUAUACCAUGCUCUGCGUUACAAGGAACUGAGGUUACCUGUCUACAAAGGUCAGUCCCCACAGCUCAACCUCAGGCGCUACUUUGCAGACCUCAUAGCUAUAGUGAGCAAUCGCUUCCGGCUGUGCCCGUCUGCCAGGCACUUGGCUGUUUACCUGCUGGACCUUUUUAUGGACCGCUAUGACAUCUCUGUGCAGCAGCUUCACUUGGUGGCCCUUUCCUGUCUGCUUUUGGCUAGUAAAUUUGAGGAGCGAGAGGACAGAGUGCCAAAGCUGGAGACGCUCAACAGCCUUGGUUGUAUGAGCUCCAUGAACCUGGUGCUGACCAAACAAGGUUUACUCCACAUGGAGCUGCUGUUACUAGAGACCUUUCAUUGGAACCUCUACCUACCCACGGCUGCCCACUUCAUAGAGUACUAUCUGUCAAUCGCAGUCACAGAGACGGACCUACAUGAUGGCUGGCCGAUGGUGUGCUUGGAGAAGACCAUGCUGUACAUGACCAAAUAUGCAGACUACUUUCUGGAAGUCUCCUUACAAGACCAUGCGUUUCUGAGAUUCGCCCCAUCACUGGUAGCUGCUGCCUGUGUGGCCUCGUCUCGAGUCAUUCUUCGCCUGUCCCCGUCGUGGCCCCCUCGCCUACAACGUCUCACUGCCUACACUUGGGAGCAACUGCUUCCUUGCGUAGAGAAACUGCUAAUGGCCCAUGACAGUGAUGUAAAAGAAGCCAACAAGCAGAAAUGCCAGCAGCUGCAGCAGCCCAGUCUGCAGCCUGGGCAGGCCGUGUUCCCUGCUCAGAACCAGAAUGUCACUAUAACCCAGUACAUCCACAGACCUGCCUUACAGUAUACCCAGCAGAGCUGCCAACCUGUACUCGUCUCAGCCCACGGCCCAAGUGCCUACCUGACUCACGCUGCCUCACGGCAUACCUCUAGUGCCUCUUCACAUGGGCAAGCACAGCCUCAGACCAUGUCUGUACCACUGGACACUAAGAUGAACAUACCAAACAGGCCCUACCAGGUGACGUCUGUUUACCCAUGCACAGCCCCAUGCUUUGACAGAUAGUAGUGACAGGUGGAUGCAUGUGACAAACCGGGUUUUGCUACAAAAGAAACAUUGAGUGUUUGUGAGAAUACACAACACACUCUGAAAAAGACUGUCUGAAGUAGGACCAUGUGAGCUGUUCGGUGACUUUUUAAAAGAAAAUUGUGAGAUACAUUGGGGGAAAAAAAUGCUAAGCAUUAUAAGGACUAAAAAAGAGGUGCAAAGUGUUUAAGAUGUGCAAUACUGUAAGCCUGUUUCAUCCACUCUUUCCUUCCUUUGGGAUUUUUCCUUUUUUUUUUCCUGAGAAUUGUUAUUUUUGUGUGUGUGUGCUAAUGAAGCAGGUAUGUGACACGGAGAAGCAACUAUAGAAAAUUAUGCUGUGAUUUUUAUCAUCAGCGCACUCAUGACUUAAUUUCAGCCAAGCUACCUCAGAAAUGUUGAAUGUAAAGUAUUAGCUUGCGACCUUACAAGUGCACUUUAGUACAGAAUAUUUUAAAAUAAAAUGCAACAUGUUGGUUGUA